CUACGACGCAAGUGGAUCAUUGGGCGGGAGUUCCUACACUCCUGGUUCCUACUCCAACACGAUCAGCACGCAGUCAGCCAUGACGGACAUCAACAUCAUGGCUGCCUCGUUCUCGCUGCCACUGCACGACUUCCAGGCGGAAGUGACCUCAUACUCUGGAGACAACAUGUCCCCUGACCACUUCUCCUCCGGUUAUGAAAACAGCCAGUCAAGCGCAACCGGCUAUGAUCAGUCCCACCAGCCGCACCAUGUACCACAACAGUGCUACGUCGAAAGUUACAGCUUCGAUAGUGGCUUUGUCCAGCAACGAGAAUUGCCCAAACCCAUCUCGUAUGGCGCCACAGCAGUUACAGCCACCACAACAUCGAACAUCGCUAAUAUCUUUAGCAGAAACAAUAGCCACAACAACGAUCCACUAACUGCGACCAAAGACACCACAAACACUGCGACCAACGACGGUAUGUUUGGGAAUGCAUCCAGUGUGGAGAAAUACCCGGUUCUGUCAGGACAUAGCAUUAAUGAAGACGCCUAUGCUCCUAGUUACUCGGACUACUACACAGAGCAACAGAGAUACAUUGACUCCACUUCCAGGUUUGGAAUGGAUGCCUCAAAAACUUACCUGAAACAACACUUUCCUGAAGCCAGCCCACAGGAUUUACUGUAUUCUCAACAGAUGCCCUUCUCAGAUUUAGAUCAGAAGGCUGGACAUAUGUAUGGACAUACGGUGUUCGACGCUCAGACAUCUGGGCCGUACUGUCAUGACGGGGGUAGCCUCUACCAGCCCUACCACCCAGCCUUUUAUCUUGGACAGGGUGGUCACUACAGCACGGGCAUGCCUUUCCACUCGCCAGCAGUGCACCAUGGGAGCUCGUACAGAAGCGAUUUCUCCCUGUCCAUGGGCCCACACCACCCAUCGCACCUCCACCACUCACACAGGAGAACUGCACUCACAAUUCCCACUCCGCCUGUGUCCGAUAGCUUGGACAUCCAGAAAUACCAGAUGGAGUCGGCGAGAAGUCCCACGAGUCCGGACAACAGAUGUUCGCCACUGAGGGAUGGAAGCCACCAGAUCAAGGAGAGCCUGUUGUGUGCUGUGUGUGGCGACAACGCAGCCUGCCAGCACUACGGGGUCCGCACAUGUGAGGGCUGUAAGGGCUUCUUCAAGAGGACCGUGCAGAAGAGCGCCAAGUACGUGUGUCUGGCAGACAAGAGCUGUCCUGUUGACAAGCGCAGGCGCAACCGCUGUCAGUUCUGUCGAUUCCAGAAGUGUCUGGCUGUUGGAAUGGUGAAAGAAGUUGUGAGAACAGACGGACUGAAGGGCAGACGAGGGAGAUUGCCGUCAAAACCAAAAUCUCCCCAGGAAACUGCGCCAUCGCCUCCUAUCAGCUUGAUCACAGCCUUGGUUCGAGCCCACGUAGAUACAUGCCCUGACAUUCCUAACUUGGACUACAGCCAGUUCCAGGUGUGCAGACACGACGACUCCGGUGACGGACGAGAAGAUGCAGUCAGGUCCUUCUACAACAUCAUGUUGCAGAGUAUGGACGUCCUGCGAGCCUGGGCCGAGAAGGUUCCGGGUUUCUGUGAGCUGCCCAAGGAUGACCAGGAGCUGCUCUUUCAGUCUGCAUCUCUGGAGUUGUUUGUUCUCAAGACUGCUUACAGGGUGCAGCCCAAUGACGAGAAGAUAAUCUUUGAAAACGGCCAGGUCUACCAUCGGCUGCAGUGUAUCAACACCUUCGGCCAGUGGAUCAACUCCAUUGUCCAGUUCGGACUGAGCCUCCACCGCAUGGGCCUGGACAUCUCCUCUCUGGCCUGCAUGAGUGCGCUGUCCAUGAUCACACUUAGACAUGGACUCCGGGAGGCGGACAGAAUGGAGGAGCUCCAGAUGAAGAUCAUCGACUGUCUCCGAGACCACUGCACCUACAACAGUGAGGCUCAGAGAAAGACCCAUUACUUCUCCCGGAUCCUCAGCAAGAUGGCCGAACUGCGGACUCUCAGCCGCGAGGGGCUUCAGUGCUUGCAGAAUGUCGCCAAUUUUGAUGAAUCGAUUGUGGCUCCUGCUGUCAUUCAGAGUUUUAUCUCUAACCAGUUGCCUUUCUAG